ACUCACAAAGAGGACUAGGUCUACUAACAUUAUCUUUCACUCACAAAGAGGACUAGGUCUACUAACAUUAUCUUUCACUCACAAAGAGGACUAGGUCUACUAACAUUAUCUUUCACUCACAAAGAGGACUAGGUCUACUAACAUUAUCUUUCACUCACAAAGAGGACUAGGUCUACUAACAUUAUCUUUCACUCACAAAGAGGACUAGGUCUACUAACAUUAUCUUUCACUCACAAAGAGGACUAGGUCUACUAACAUUAUCUUUCACUCACAAAGAGGACUAGGUCUACUAACAUUGGAGUGACGUUAUCAGGAUAACUACAUCCCCUGGAAUAUCACCCUUUCACCUGGGAAUGAUGGACAACACAACACCCCCAGCUCUGGAGGAAAUGAAGGAUGUAGAGAAAGAAAAGGAGACGGUAGAAGGAGAGUUGGGGAACGGAGAACAUGAUAAUCACAAUGAGGAUGGAUUUAUUGGACUCUUGAAGGAUGUUGACCAACAUCUGCCCACUGCUGACAGGACACCCAGUGUGUUUAGUGGGGUGAAACCCCAAACCAAACUUCUCUCUAGCCCGGACUCACCAUCUAACAGUCUGGAACUACAAGAACACGAUGGAGGACCCAGGCAAAUGGGUGACACAGAACCAGAACCAGGCUCUGAACUGCAUUUGACUCAAGGCCGUUUGUUUGAUAUUCAAAGAUAUGACAGUGGAGUGCGGGAGAGGGGAGAAGAACAUGUAGAGGAGGAGUGGUCAGAGAGUGAGAGAGUAAAGGAUUCAAGGAUGAACAGAAGGAGCGCAAAUGAGAGAUGGAGAAUGAGUAAAAGGGAGAGGUCGGGAGAGAGCAUGCCAGCAGCAAAGACAGAGGGAUGGGAAAAGAUGGAGAAAAGAGAGAGAUGGAGCAGGUCAGGGAGGAUGAGAAAGAUGGAAGAGGAAGAGGGGAUGCAAGAUGGAGGUGUGCUGAAUGAGAGGAGUGAGGAGAGGAAGAGUACAGAGCAGACACGUGAUAAAGAGACCAAGCUUGAGAGGAUAGGGGACAGAAUGACAGACAGAGAGGACACAGGGGAUAGAGAGACAGACAGAGAGGACAUAGGGGAUAGAGAGACAGACAGAGAGGACAUAGGGGAUAGAGAGACAGACAGAGAGGACACAGGGGAUAGAGAGACAGACAGAGAGGACACAGGGGACAGAAUGACAGACAGAGAGGACACAGGGGAUAAAGAGACAGACAGAGGGGACAUAGGGGAUAGAGAGAUGGAAGGAGAACGAUCAGGGGAUAGAAAUACGGAAGGGGAAAGUGUCAGGGAUAGAGAGAAGGAUGGAGAGAAGGAAGGUGCCAGCAGCCUUAGCUCUGAGGGGAGCUGUAGUGAAACCCACUGGUCUCCUUCACCCCAUCCCAUCCUCUCCAGGAUGCUCAUGCAUUCCUCCGUCUCUUCCUCCGCUUCCUCAUUCAACUGCUCCUCAGCAGAGAGCGAUGAGGUCUUCAGCGAAGGAGAGGACACUGCCAGCAAGAGGAGUACCAUGAGGAGGUGUCGCUCCUGGAGGACCUUCCUGACCAUGAUGCAGUGGUCAGUGCGUCGGCAGAGUUCAUGGGUCCAGCUAGCAGGACAUCAAGGUAACUUCCAGCUGAGUGAGGGGGGCGAGGUGCUGAAGCGUUUCAGUGAGGUUGAGGCUGUGUGUCUGCAGGCCCUCAUGGCUGACCCCCUGCGUCCGUUUGUACCGCAGUACCAUGGCUCGGUCAACAGGGGGGGUAACAGUUACAUCCGCCUGGAGGACUUACUGAGUGGCCUGAAGAACCCUGUCAUCAUGGACUGCAAGAUGGGCGUGAGGACAUAUCAGGAGGAGGAAUUAACCAAAUCACACACCAAUCCCACCCCGAGGACUGAUAUGUACCAGAAGAUGGUAAAAGUUGAUCCAACGGCUCUCACUGUGGAGGAACAUGAGCAGCGAGGCGUGACGAAGUGGCGCUACCUGCAGUGGAGGGAUAACACCAGCUCCACCUCCACACUAGGCUUCAGGAUUGAGGGCAUCAUGAUGGAGAACGGCAGCGUACAGCGGGACUUUAAGAUGCUCACCCCAGCCCAGGUCACCGAGGCCCUCCUCUCCUUCACCAAGAGUCAUCUACACAUCCUGAAGGCCUACCAUUCCAGACUUCAGGCUCUGGAUGAAGCCCUGAAGGAAUCCCCAUUUUUCAAAGCCCAUGAGGUGAUUGGCAGCUCGCUCCUCUUCGUCCACGACUGGACCAGUAAGGCCAGCAUCUGGAUGAUAGACUUUGGGAAGACCACCCCGUCGCCCAGCACUGUGCAGCUGAGGCAUGACGUCCCGUGGGCCGAGGGGAAUCGGGAGGAUGGGUACCUGAUCGGGCUGGCCGCCCUCACCUCCCUCGUGGGUCAGGCCAUCAGCCAGGCAGCCUGCAGACAGGAGGAGAAGUAUGGAGAGGAGAUGGGCAGUGUCACACACACCCUGCAGGAACAGGAACAUACACAGACUAAAAGUCAGGGUGGUCAGGGCGAGGCAGCACAGAAUGAAGAUACUUCUGAUUGAAGAAGAGAGGCCACAUCAGGACAAUAUUCACAGGAAUGUGUUCUCUAAUUUACAUGGAUGAUGUUUGUGGAUAAUUGCAAUAGACACUAUUAAUGGAUAGAAUUAUCUUAACUGUUUAGAAACAGGACAAUAUUUUUUAUAUUUUUCAAAAUAAAAACAACCUACUG